AUGGUCCCGUCAAAGUCCGCCAACAAAGCCUCGCGGCUAAGCUUCCUCCUGCUCGUGUUCAAGCUCUUCGGGCUGGCGACAUUCUCCGCGAAAGCCGCAAGUACCGAUCUCCGGUUGGCGCGCUCUCGCCCGGGCCUCCUCUACAACCUCGUCCUCGGGCUAACGAUCGGCUGGACGAACCUGGCGUGCCUCGAGCUCCCGGCUCAGAAGCAGCACGCCCUCACCCUCUUCAGCACCAUCGACAGCUUCGAGGUGCUCUUCGGCACGACCGUCGCCCUGCUCAUCCUCUCGUUCUACUGCCUCCGCCAGCGGGCGUCCAUCCGACUCGCCCGGAAGCUCCUCGGCGUAGCCACCGCCUCCCGGGCCUUGGGCCUCGAGCGCGAGGACGGCCCCGUGCUCUCGAUCGGCUUCCACCUCCUCGUCUUCGCCGUCGUCCUGGUCAGUGGCCUCGCGUGUUUUGGCGAGCACGCCCACCUCAUCGGUAGCGCAACCAGGAACUUGGUCGUCACGUGGCUGAUCCUCCAGUACUCCCUGGUCACGGGUUUCCUUGCCAGCACCUUCAACAGCGUGAACCACGCCCUCGAGGAGCUGCAGGAGUCCCGGGGAGUGCUCGUCAGUCCGGGGAGGCUGCGUUUCUUGUCGGGCUUGCGCGACCUGCACCACUUGGCCAUCGAGGUGUGCCGCGACGCCGUCGAGUUCUACCAGCUGACCAUACUCGGUUGCGUGGCCUACAUGUUCGUGUGUCUGGUGGUGCUGCUCUACUUCUUCAUCGACCCCUUCAUCGAGGGCCGGAUAUUCUUCUCCCUGGUCGAGUACUGUCACUUUUUCAUGUGGCUCGUGUCCUUUGCCGCGGCUUUUGUCACGCUCUCGAGGCGCGUCGCUCAAACCGGCAACCAAAUCGAUCGGACCGGCGUGAUCGUACAUCGGUUGAUGGGGAGUACGCUGAACCAAAACAUCCUGGAGGAGCUGAAGGCCUUUUCGAUGUACCUGCUGCACGCGCGUCUCAAGUUCUCGGCGUGGAUACUGUUUGCCCUCGACGGGAGUCUGGUGCAGUCUGUUUCCGGCUCUAUCACCACGUACCUGGUCAUACUGGUGCAGUUCGAGCUGGACUUCUCGAACAAGAGGACCUACAGUGCCCUCAACGAGACUCUCGCGGGUCUACCUACUGAUCUCCAAAAGAUUUAG